AUGAAUGUUCUACCCUUACGGGUAAUCGACGUCGAGACGAUGUGCCUACGUCAGACAGGGAAUGAAGAGAAUAGUUACGCAGCGCUGAGCUAUUGCUGGGGAGGCGAUCAAUUAUUCAAAACAACUCGAGCCAACAUUUCAUCUCGGAUAGGUGGUGCUAGACUCGACGGUCUUCCACGGACCUUACUCGACGCUGUGCAGGUGUGUAAACAGCUCCAGAUCCGGUAUUUGUGGGUUGAUGCACUUUGUAUCAUUCAAGAUGACGAAACCGACAAAGCACGCGAGAUUGCUAAAAUGCGAAUGACAUUCAACCGCGCAACGUUAGUGAUUGCUGCUUCAAGGGCCAGGGACGCAAAUGCCGGGUUUCUUGAAGACGCCAACAUACCAUCCGACGGAGUAGUCAUGCUGCCAGCUAAAUUUUCAGAAACUUGCAGAGGCGAAGUUGGAAUUGUUAAAGUUCCUCUGGAAUCUUCUGGCCACGAACCGCUGAAUCAGCGAGGCUGGGCUUAUCAGGAAAUUAGUCUUGCACGUCGGGCGCUGAUUUACACGGAUCAAGGCAUGGUUUGGCAAUGCUCCGCUGUAUUCGAUCGGUUGGCUUAUGACGGUAUGCGAAUUCGAUCACAUCCAAGCCAUGAUUUGGUCGUCGCCACGCAAGAGUUUGAACCUGGCCCUGUUCAACGAGACAUUUGGGACCAGCUUGUUAGGAUAUACACUCUCCGAAAUCUUACAUUUCCCGAUGACAGACUAGAAGCUCUUGCUGGUAUUGCGGCAAUGGCAGCAUCCAUGUGGAAUAAUAGGUACUUUGCUGGUCUUUGGGAGCAGGAUAUGCAAAGCCAACUGGGAUGGAGGGUGGACAAUACAGCUUUAGCAAAUCGCAACUGGAAAGCUCUUGAAGCUCCGAGCUGGUCUUGGGCAUCAGUAGAUGGGUCCGUGUGUGAUGUCGUGCGGUCGUUUUACGCGGAGACACCCAGGGAAGCUCGUGUCAUUUCCUGCGAAGUCAAACUUGCUUCUCGGGAUAACCCUUUUGGUAGGGUUGUGUCCGGGCGUCUAACAAUUGAAGGGUAUACAGUCGAGGCAAGAUAUGCUAAGCAAUCGUGGCUAGAGAAUACUCGCAUGGACUUUGAUGGACGUCCUCUAAAUGUCGAAGAUUUAGACGAUACAUGA